AUGCAAAUCACGAUAGCGACUCCUGAUGGAGAACACGUUUUCCCAAUAGAGGUUGAUGGAAGCACAUCUUUUGCUGACAUCAAGGCCAUUUGUGAAGUCGAGACGGGGCUGCCAACGGCUUCCUUUGUCCUCAUACACAACAACCGGCCGAUCCUGGACAGGGCCCAGCACGACGCCAAUGAUGAGCUGGAGCGGCUCUACCGGAUGCAGGAGGACGACCCCUUCAACCCGGAGCUGCAGGUUGGUGGGUCGGCCAAGAUAGAGGAGGCCAUUCGCCGCAAGAACAUCGACGAGAACUACGAAGCGGCCAUGGAACACAAUCCGGAGGCCAAGGGCGUGUUGCGUAUCGGCAGUUGCGGUGUGGAGUUGCCCUUCCUGUCCGAGAGCCAAAUACCCCGGGACUUCUCAGCACACGUGGAGGACGUGAGCGAGGCGGAGGCGAACAGGCGGAUGGAAUCAGAUGCAGCAGCAGCUGCAGGUCGUACGGGGGGAGAUAAAAUGGACACGGAAGGGCCCCCCGCAGCCGGUGGUGGUGGUGUUGGCGGGCACCCGCAACCGACAGUUGCGGCGCCGGUACCAACACCACCGACCGGGGGGGCAUCUGGCGGUGCUACUGCCGCCGGUGGUGGUGGUGGUGGUGGCGGCAGUGGCAACAGCGCUGACUUGGAGACCAAGAUCUCCCAGUUAAUGGGUCUGGGUGCGGAUCGAACCACGGCCAUUCAGGCAUUGCGCGCGGCGAAUGGGCAAGUUGAGAUGGCGGCCAGUUUGCUGUUCGACAUGUGA